ACGAAGCGCAAUGGAAGAGAAAUACAAAACCCUGGAAAUCGUUGAGAAGAUCCCAAAAUCAGGUGUGUUCUAUCUUAUCCUCAAUCGUCCUUCACAACGCAACGCUCUUUCGCAUGAUUUCUUCAGUGAAUUUCCGAAAGCCCUGCAUGCACUGGAUGACAACACCGAGGUCAACGUGAUCGUGUUGUCCGGUGCCGGGAACCACUUCUGCUCUGGCAUCGAUGUCUCCAUUUUGGGAUCUAUCGGUACCAAUCCAAGUUCGGGUGAGAGUCUCCGGCGACAGAUAAUGGCGAUGCAAGAUUCGGUGACGGCCCUGGAACGAUGCCGGAAGGUGGUGAUUGCCAGUAUAGAGGGAGCUUGCAUAGGUGGUGCAAUUGAUAUCGUGACGGCGUGUGACAUAAGGAUGUGUACGAAGGAUGCGUUUUUCUCGGUGAAAGAGGUGGAUUUGGCCCUGGCAGCUGAUCUUGGAACUCUUCAGAGGUUGCCUCUUAUUGUGGGGUUUGGCAACGCCAUGGAAUUGGCCUUGACUGGUCGUAUAUUCUCUGGUUUGGAGGCUAAGGAGUUGGGUCUUGUUUCUCGCGCUUUCAAUUCCAAACUUGAGCUCCAUGAUGGCGUCCGUGAUGUCGCUCAGGCAAUUGCUUCCAAGUCUCCCCUUGCAGUUAUUGGCACUAAAUCAGUGUUGCUUAAAAGUAGGGACUUAACUGUGGAUCAGGGGUUAGAUUAUGUUGCAACCUUGAAUUCUGCCAGAUUGUUUUCCAAUGACUUAUCUGAAGCAGUGAUGGCACACAUGCAGAAACGGAAGCCACUUUUCUCAAAGCUCUGACUAUCAACUCGUUUGCUUCUUACUCGCUUGUUUUUACUAUAUACUAGUAUUUUCGAAUUCUAGACCAUUAUUAUUAAUAUUCAUACCACUGGACUAAUACAUGUGGAGAAAUAAAGUGUCUUAUUUGACGCAUUAUUUAUACAUUGUUCGUUCCAAUUAUCACCAAUUCCUUUAAUGGCAAUGGGGGAAGACAUAAAAGACCCAUUACCCUUCUCUUGUGUAAGUUGUUUCCUACUUUCACUGUAACAACAAAUGAAUUAACCUUCGUCAGGGGUUUGUGGGGAUGUAAUCUUUGUAUUAUUAUUUUCAGCUUCGUUCAUAAGGCUUUCUUACAACCCCCUAGUUUAGUAUUAAGCUAUCUUAGCUUGCAUUCUGCCUUGUAAACGCCUAAAAGGUUUACCCAUCUACCAAAAACCAAGAUAUUUAGUUCAUAAGUUUCAGUAGAUUGGCAGAGUUUUUUUGGGAGCUAGACAUAGGCAGUAUCCUCCAAUGGAAGUAAUAUUAUUUCAAGUCUUUUUUUUAUGCACAAGGUUCAAAUUUGAUAACAUACUUGGAGAGAAUCAAACAAAUACCGUUUUAA